CACGCCAGUGGCGACAGGGGAAGAGUUGGAAAGCCGCAGGAGGAGCAGGAGGCAGGCGGCGGCGGGGCUGGAGCUCUGGGAGCCGGCAGGUUCCCUCGCAAAUCCCCCUCCGCCCCAAGGCGCCUCGCCGGCCCCGGCAGGGGAGCGAGGAGCCGGGCGAACAGAUGGAGGAGUGGAGCUCGCUCUAGGCAGCGGGCUUGGCCGGAGAAUGGAGGAGCCGCCUCGCGACCGGCUGAUUGGAAGAGAAACGCAGAGCGAUGGAGGCGGGGGUAGGAGGACGAUUUCUCUGCGGGGACUGGCGGCGGCGUACACGCCCGGGUCGGGCGCUGCAGAGCUUGGCUGGCUUUCAACCCGCGCUCGCCGGCUCCAACCCCGCGCGCCCCCACCCCCAAGCUCUCCCGGCGGCUCCGCAGGGUGAGGUGGCUUUGACCCCGGGUGGCCCGGCCAGCGCGAUCAAGGAGGUGGUUGGACAGCUGGAGGAUGAACGGAGAAGCCGACUGCCCCACAGACCUGGAAAUGGCCGCCCCCAAAGGCCAAGACCGCUGGUCCCAAGAAGACAUGUUGACUUUGCUGGAAUGCAUGAAGAACAACCUUCCAUCCAAUGACAGCUCCAAGUUCAAAACCACCGAAUCACAUAUGGACUGGGAAAAAGUAGCAUUCAAAGACUUUUCGGGAGACAUGUGCAAGCUCAAAUGGGUGGAGAUUUCUAAUGAGGUAAGGAAGUUCCGUACGUUGACAGAAUUGAUCCUUGAUGCUCAGGAGCAUGUGAAAAACCCUUACAAAGGCAAAAAACUCAAGAAACACCCAGACUUCCCAAAGAAGCCCCUGACCCCUUACUUCCGCUUUUUCAUGGAAAAACGGGCCAAGUAUGCAAAGCUCCAUCCUGAGAUGAGCAACCUGGACCUGACCAAGAUUCUGUCCAAGAAAUACAAGGAGCUUCCCGAGAAGAAGAAGAUGAAAUAUAUUCAGGACUUCCAGAGGGAGAAACAGGAGUUUGAGCGGAACCUGGCCCGAUUCAGGGAGGAUCACCCUGACCUCAUCCAGAGUGCCAAGAAGUCGGACAUCCCCGAGAAGCCCAAAACUCCCCAGCAGCUGUGGUACACGCAUGAGAAGAAAGUGUAUCUCAAAGUGCGGCCAGAUGCCACUACGAAGGAGGUGAAGGACUCCCUGGGGAAGCAGUGGUCUCAGCUCUCGGACAAAAAGAGGCUGAAAUGGAUUCAUAAGGCCCUGGAGCAGCGGAAGGAGUACGAGGAGAUCAUGCGGGACUACAUCCAGAAGCACCCCGAGCUGAACAUCAGCGAGGAGGGCAUCACCAAGUCCACCCUCACCAAGGCCGAACGCCAGCUCAAGGACAAGUUUGACGGACGACCCACCAAGCCACCUCCGAACAGCUAUUCGCUGUACUGCGCAGAGCUCAUGGCCAGCAUGAAGGAUGUGCCCAGCACGGAGCGCAUGGUGCUGUGCAGCCAGCAGUGGAAGCUGCUGUCGCAGAAGGAAAAGGAUGCCUAUCACAAGAAAUGCGACCAGAAAAAGAAAGACUACGAGGUAGAACUGCUCCGUUUUCUGGAGAGCUUGCCUGAGGAGGAGCAGCAGCGGGUCUUGGGAGAGGAGAAAAUGUUAAACAUCAACAAGAAGCCAGCCACCAGCCCUGCCUCCAAGAAGCCCUCCCAGGAAGCGGGCAAGGGUGGCUCGGAAAAACCCAAACGGCCCGUGUCAGCCAUGUUCAUCUUCUCGGAGGAGAAGCGGCGGCAGCUGCAGGAGGAGCGGCCCGAGCUCUCGGAGAGCGAGCUGACCCGCCUGCUGGCCCGCAUGUGGAACGACCUGUCCGAGAAGAAGAAGGCCAAGUACAAGGCCCGGGAGGCCGCGCUGAAGGCGCAGUCGGAGCGGAAGCCAGGCGCUGACCGCGAGGAGCGGGGCAAGCUGCCCGAGUCGCCCAAGAGGGCCGAGGAGAUCUGGCAACAGAGCGUCAUCGGCGACUACUUGGCGCGCUUCAAGAAUGACCGGGUGAAAGCCUUGAAAGCCAUGGAGAUGACCUGGAACAACAUGGAGAAGAAAGAGAAACUCAUGUGGAUCAAGAAGGCUGCCGAAGACCAAAAGCGCUAUGAGCGGGAGCUGAGCGAGAUGAGGGCGCCUCCAGCCACUGCCAAUUCUUCCAAGAAGAUGAAGUUUCAGGGGGAGCCCAAGAAGCCACCCAUGAAUGGCUAUCAGAAAUUCUCCCAGGAGCUGCUCUCCAAUGGGGAGCUGAACCACCUGCCACUGAAGGAGCGCAUGGUGGAGAUCGGCAGCCGCUGGCAGCGCAUCUCACAGAGCCAGAAGGAGCACUACAAGAAGCUGGCUGAGGAGCAGCAGAAACAAUACAAGGUGCACCUGGACCUCUGGGUCAAGAGCCUGUCUCCACAGGACCGUGCAGCCUAUAAAGAGUACAUCUCCAAUAAACGGAAGAGCAUGACCAAGCUGCGUGGCCCGAACCCUAAGUCCAGCCGGACCACAUUGCAGUCCAAGUCGGAGUCCGAGGAGGAUGAUGAAGACGAUGAGGAUGAUGAGGACGAGGAUGAAGAAGAGGAAGAUGAUGAUAAUGGGGACUCCUCCGAGGAUGGCGGGGACUCCUCCGAGUCCAGCAGUGAGGACGAGAGCGAGGAUGGGGACGAGAAUGAGGAGGAAGAUGAGGACGAGGACGACGAGGAAGAUGAUGAAGAGGACGAAGACAACGAGUCGGAGGGCAGCAGCUCGAGCUCCUCAUCAUCAGGGGACUCCUCGGACUCAGACUCCAACUGAGACCCUCCCCACUGGAGCGUGCCCUAGAGCCCCUCCCCAACUGACCGCCUUUGUUUGCCCCCCAUGUCCUGUUCCCACCCCCGGCCUCCCCCACUUUCUUUCUUUCUUUCUUUUUUUUUAAACAGUAUACAGUGGGGGUAGGGGGGCACAGGGGCCCAGGCCAGGACUCUGCAGCCUCAGAGCCAUCAGCCCUGGGACACAGUCCCCCAGGGAGCAACCAUCAGACUGAGCCAGCACUGGACCGGCCCGGCCCACCCCUUCUGCACUUGCGGUUCCGGCAUGGACAAUGGACAGGGGAGGGGAGGGUGGGAGGGUCCCAGGAGUUCAGUAAGGCCCUCUACACCUGCAUCCCAACCCAAGGUGGGGUGGAAGCUUGGGGAGAACCCCUUCCUCCCCAGAGGACUUAACGCCCACACCCCUGCAUUGGAACUGGAGGCAGGGCACAGGUUGGGAGAGGUGGGCAGGUGCCUGUGGGGAAACUGGCACUGCCCUGACGGCCCCCUCCCCUGCCCUGCUGCAGGAAGGAGCGGCCGGGACCCACUCACAGGGGAGGGGCGGAAGUGUUUUUUAUAUAUGUGUAUAUAUUUUUUUUUUUAAGCUCUGAGCUGUCAAUGAGACGUUUCCUACCGA